GCGCAUGAGCUAAGUACACCUGUCUUACAGUUAAUUUUUACAAUUUAUCAAUCUCGAUGCAUUUUCUGAGCGUGAUACGCGCGCGCAAGUUUUCGUGAAAAUCGUGGAAUCGUCAUCGUGGAUCCUUGCAGGAAAAGCUAAGCUUUCCCCAAAAUAAGUGGAGAAAGAAAAAAGACUUUGGGGGACCAAUUAGGUUAUGUAAAUACUUGGCGCAUAAACAGAGAUUACUGUUUUUAUUACGUGUAAAGUAUCUUUGGGGUGCAGAAAACGCAAGAAAGGUAUGGCAAGAUUGUCAUAUUGGUACGACGGCUAUACAACUGAUCUACUAUCCGGACAAUUGGACAGAGCUCAGGACUUGACUAUUCCUUGAGAAGGGGUUGGAGUUGACACCUUUCCUCUCUACGUAUUCCAGUCCAUCCUAUACGUGCGGGAAAAACAGGUCUGGAAUUAAAGUAGCAUUGUAAAUCCACUCCACACAAUCCCCACACACGCACAGAUGAUUAUUAGUUAUCUGUCAACUUCAUUGUGUAUGGAUUUGCAGUAAAACGACGAUUGAAUAGUACAGUACAACAGUAGUGGGCAUGUAGAAAGUUCUCUUGUGAAAGCAUUCCUUUGAUUAAUAUGUCAGAUUCGGAUUUAGUAUGGGAGAAUGAGAUUGUACCUGAAAUUUCGAUUCCUGCACAUUUGCAUUCAACAGACUUGGAGAGGCUAAAACUAAUUGUAGUCAAAGGAACACUGGCUAAAUCAAAUUUAACGUACUCUGAUUUAAAACGCCUUGGUAGAAGUAGUGAAGGAUUGGUUCGUGACGAUGUAAGAAAGGUGCUCUGGCCAAAGCUAUUAAGGUUACCAGACAUGCAGAAAUUUGAGAUGGUGAAUAAUCUAGAAAAUAUUCAUAAUCUCAUAGAUAAUGAUGUAUAUCAACAGAUAUUAAAAGAUGUAGCUCGUAGUAGGGGCCAUAUGCCUGAAGAUGCCUCGGAGGAUGUUAUUGAAACGUUCCAGAAGGAAUUAACACAGAUAAUAUGUUGGGUUCUCUCGAGGCACUCAGACUUGAAUUAUUAUCAAGGUUACAACGAUGUAGCUGCUACCGUAUUACUAGUCAUGGGCUUGCAACAGGGUUUGCACACCUUAGAAAAGUUGACCACAACUUAUUUUGAAAGAUUUAUGGAGAAAACCAUGGAAAAAGUUAACCAAGAAUUAUUUUAUAUAUUUGCUCUUCUAGACAGAGAUCAUCCAAAACUCUUGGAACAUUUAGAAAAUGUAGAAUUAUUUCCACAUUUUGCUCUCGCAGAGUACACAACGUGGUAUGCUCACAAGUACGCGGAAAAUAGGAAAUUACUUCAUAGACUGUUUGAUUACUUUUUGGGAAGCCCACCAUUGAUUCCUUUAUACUUGAGUACCAAAAUUGUUUCUUACAGAGACAAGGAAAUUUUUGAUACAACACCCGACAUGGGCCAUACUCAUAAGGUUCUUAGUACAUUACCAGAUAACUUGCCAUUUGAAGGAUUGUUACAUCAAUCCACAACGUUAUAUCAUCAGUAUCCACCUGAAUCGAUAGAUAAUGCCGUUAAAGAUUUUGAUCAGCGCAGAAGGUGCAAGGAGCAGGAGUGGAAAAUGAAAGCUGAAGCAUGUCGUCAAGAGCGUGAAAGACUGCGAAAAUUGAAAGUAGUUCAGCAUGCACCGCCAAAAAUUCCAUACCGUCUAAAAAGUUACAAAACUAUCACAGUUGUUACUAUUUUAGCCCUCGGUCUGUAUGCUUUCCUAAAAAGCUCAUCAGGGCUCAACUGACAUUAGUUGAAUUAUUAUUUUUUUUAAACCGUCUUAUUUUUAAUUGAAAAUUCCAUUUAUUUAUUUAUUUUUUUUUUAUAUUAAAAUUUACCGUGCACCUUUAAAAAUAUUGCAAAUCAUUAUCAGAAAAAACUCGAAUUAUUCAAGUUUAAAUAAUAUAUAUUUUUUUACAUUUUAUUAUGGAAUGUUUUUGUUUUAAAAAUUUUACACGAAUCUUAGUUGUUUCUAUUAAAGUCUUAAAAUGUUAUUAAUGGUCUAUUUUAAGAGGUAUGUGUAAGAGCCGUUGUGUGAUAAAUGUUGUAGCUAAAACCAUGAGCAUUCCUCUGCUGCCUUUAUAUCGUGUUCAGUUGAAAUGAGCACUGACUGGAGGUUUAAUUUGUUACUUCCACUUAUACAUCACAUUCUUUGGUAUGUGUAUCAAGACAGUACUGUUGUGGAAGUAGUGCUACAAACUUUUUAUGUACAUAAGACACAAAUUCAAAAUAAUAUAUUCUGUGAACAAUGUACACAUAUUAACUUUACCCUGGAUUAUUGUCAAUGUACGAAAAACUAGCAUAAAAGUAUUUAUUGUUUAUUAAAAAUUUGUUUUCGUAAAAACAUA